ACCCACGAUGUUUCUUUAGUUUAGUCAGUAAUCAUAGAAACCCGUGCAUGUUCUAUUCUUGUAGUUGCAGUUAAAGUUAAUUUGGAAUCCUCUACUGGGAGAUGCUGCGGCUUAAGUUGUUUGUUGCGGGAACGUCGGCUGUCGCCUUACUCAUCACACUACUUGUAGUGUAUCAAGAUUCAGGAUUCAGUGAAAUUAAAUCACAAGAAAUUCGAAAAUCUUUGGUGGAAAAUCGGGCCGGGAAAACAAAGUUUACAUUUAAUGAUAUUUUUGGAUCGAAGUUUAGCUACAAGUCGGUUAAUCCAAGAUGGGUAUCGGAUCACAUGUACAUUAUUCAAGCCGCCAAUAAAGACAUCAUAUUAAAAUGUGCCAUGGAUCAACAUGAAUUUCUCAUCAUGCCAGGAGCAAUUUAUACAGACAAGGGCGCUCGUUCCUACCAAGUCUCCGCCUCCCAAAACUUCGUGCUCUUAUUAACCGAUUACGUAAAGGGUUGGAGACAUUCUUACAACGGAACAUACAUUGUGUAUGACGUCAAUCAGGAUAUGAUCCGAGAUGACAUUACAUUCCCAAGUGAUGUUCAAUAUAUCACUUGGUCUCCGGUGGGCGAUGCUGUGGCUUAUGUUUACGACUUCGACAUUUAUUACCGAGCUGAUGUCAACGACACUACAACGAAUGAUAUCAGAAUUACUGACGACGGAAGUGCGAAUUCUGUUUACAAUGGAAUUCCAGACUGGGUAUACGAAGAGGAAAUGAUUUCGACCAACAACGUAAUCUACUUUUCACCGGACGGAGGAAAGUUGGCGUAUGCUCAGUUCAAUGACACUGAAUGUUCUCAUAUUCAAUUCUCCCGUUAUGAUUCCAAGCAAUACCCAGAGAUGAUUGACGUAUCUUACCCCAAGGCAGGCACAACACAACCAACAAAUAAAGUUUACGUUUAUGAUAUUGCAUCGGGAAGUAACAACGAAGCAAUACCACCAACAACAUUAUCAUCAGGAGACUAUCUGUUCAGCCGGGCAGUAUGGGCAAAUGAGUCACGUGUUGCAGUCACGUGGUGUAACCGAUUACAAACUUGGAGCAUGAUGGUGAUGUGUGACAUUACGGCUGAUGGAAGCAUGACGUGUCCAAGUGUUCCACAGUUCGAACACAAAACAACAACCGGUUGGUUAUACCAGAGACGGCCAUAUUGGAUUCCUGUGUUUGGCCAAAGUGCAGAAGAAUACUUCGUUGUUCUGCCAAACAAUAAAUGGCAGCAUUUGGCAAGAGCAGAUAACACUGGAAACAAGGAAUUCCUAACUGAAGGAGAAUAUACCGUGACAUCAUAUAGCGCAUCCUACCCAGCGGUUGAGUUUUACAAGAGCGCAAACGACUACGUGUAUUUUCUUUCUACGUUCGAUGGAACAGAGAAUCGUCAAGUGUACAGAAGGAAAGGAAGGCUGUUGCCCACCAUGUCCGCUGCCGAACCACCAGAGUGCAUAACAUGUCCGCUCAGAACUGAAUAUCCGGAGAGGUGUAAUAUUGCUACGUCGUCAUUCAGCAAAGGUGGCAGUCGCGUUGUCAUUGCAUGCAGAGGUGAAGGAGCGCCUCUUUACAUUCAGUUUACGGUCAACCACACAGCAACGGACCCUGCUAAUGUCCUGAUCGACAAAGUUCUGUUGGAAGAGAAUUUGGAUCUUGUAGACAAUAUAGCAGCAACAGAAAUGCCGGUGAAAUCGUAUGGCAAUAUUGAUAGCAAAACAGGAUACAAAUUCCGUUACGAACGCUUGGACCCUCCAAAUUUCGAUGUCAACAAGAAAUACCCUCUGCUAAUUGAAGUUUAUGCUGGACCAGGAUACCAGAACGUUGACGCCUUUUGGUCAAGAAGUUGGGGUUCAGCAUACGUUCCUGCGGGGUUGGGUGUCAUACUUGUAAGAAUCGAUGGACGAGGUUCUAACUUUUAUGGGGAUGAAUUCAUGCACGAAGUUUACCAAGGACUUGGGCAAAAAGAAAUCGAAGAUCAAAUUGAGGCUGCCGAGUACUUCGGAAAACUCCCCGAAGUUGAUUCUAGCAAGAUAGCCAUGUGGGGCUGGUCAUAUGGGGGCUUUGCAACAUCUCAUGCGCUUGGAUUAAACACAGGAAUUCUGAAAUGCGGGAUGGCUGUAGCGCCUCUGGUGGAUUGGAGAUACUACGACACAAUAUAUGCUGAAAGGUACAUGGGUCUACCAGCCAUAAAUACAGAUGGUUACGAUAAAGCAAACAUAAUAAACAAAGCUGAAAACUUCCCUCAGUCAAGUUACUACUUGAUACACGGAACAGCAGAUGAUAAUGUUCAUUUCCAAAACUCUGCGCAACUAUCUAAGGCAUUGGUGGAGAAUGAUAUUCGCUUUAACAACUUCUUUUAUGCUGACCAAGACCAUUCAAUUAACGUUGGCAACGCAUAUACCCACGUGUACAAGGUUCUAACACGACAGCUGUGUCAAUGUUUCAAUCUACAAGUUCCCGACGAUGUUUGGAAUUAGAGCUUCACUUUAUCUCACAUUAAUAAUUUUAUUAUAAUUGAUCACCCAGAGCGCAAUUUAUUAUCGGUCGAUUACUUUAACAUAUGUAUGUUUGUUAUCAUGCAAAUUUAAGGAAAACGCAAGUUUCUUUUUCAAGAUAUUAGAAGAUUUGAUUUAAGUUUAUAAAUGAUGAUGUUUGCUUUUUAAAUUUCUUCUUCCUCUUCGGCUCCUUCCACGGAGGAGAGAGUGAUCUCACUUGCAGAGAACCAUCUUGUCAAGUAGUUGAACUCGAAACGGAA